UUUUUUUCCAUCGUCGUCUAGAGAGAGAAAGAGAGAGAAGGGGGGGGGGAGGGAGAGAGAUGCGAAGGCUUUCAUUCUGUUCUCUCUCUAGAAAAAUCGACGACCUCGCUGCCCCAAUUCUCAUCCCGUCCCCGAUUCUACAGAUUCUCCAUUUCAUUUUUACUCGGAUUUAGCUUUCUCUACUCGUUAACCCUUUGCUGUUUCUCCUUUGGUUCUCUUAAUUCUUUUUCUUUCUAGGGUUUCAAUUUGUUUGUUUUUCAGGCAGAAGAGGGAGUUGAAGAAAGGACAGAAGAUCGGAGUUUCCAAUGGGAGGCAGUCGGUCUUCUUCCAAAAGAAAAUCUUCUAAAAAGAAGGCCUCCAAGAUUUCCUCCGAGGCUGUCCUGAAGAGGAAAAGUCGAAGGACUAAAUACAAGAAGCUGCGGCAUCUAGAUGAUUCUUCUUCUUGCUCUGAUGAUUACUCAUCUAGUUCAGCAUCCUUUUUGUCUUCCACUUCUGACAAUAAGUAUAGCAGGGCUCGGUCUCGCACAAGAAGGGAUGCAGAUAGUAGGAAAAGGAGUCGAAGAAGCCCUUCUAGUGAAAGUUGCAGUCAGGAUUCUCGACAUCGAAAGAAGAGAAAAGGAUCAAAGAGAAGUUCCAUGUCUGAAAAAAGGAAGAAAUCCCAGAAGAAGCAUAGGAGAGAUCCUAGUGUUAGUUCAACAGGUAGUGAUUCACAGAGCUGCUCAACUUGUCGAGUUUGUAGUAGUAGUGAGAAUAAGGGUGAAUUCAAGAGGCACAGAGACAGAUAUACAGAAAAAACUAAAUACGUGAAAGAUUUGAGUAAGGCUAAGAGUGGACCUAGAGAAAGAAAGACUGCAUAUAUGAGUUGUUCUUCCUGCUGUAGGUACAGUGAUGAUAGCAGUUAUGGGAGCAAGGAUAUGAUGCCAAUUGAGGAAAAUCCAAAGCGUUUGAGAUCUGUUAUUAUUGUAGCAAAAUCACCAGAGGAGGAAGAAAAUGAGUGGCAUAAGGAUGGUCCUGACGAUGAGAUUGUACAUGAUCCUAAUGAUUGCCCAACUUCUGGAGGCAAGAAUAGUACUGACAUGGGUAGUAAGAGGAAAACUAUUCAUCAAUCACAAGUCCAUUCUGAUGGGAGGGUAGUGAAUAUGGUGCAAGAAGGAGCUUUUGUUUCUGGCAUUAAAAUGACUGAUCUCGCAAAAGCUGGUGAGCAAGGUGGCCUCCUAGAUUCUCAAGGUUAUUCUCAUCGUGAAGAGGCUGUAGCAAAUAAUUCUAGCAAGGAAAAUGAGGGUGGAGUUUUGCUGACAGCAUGUGGUGCAAAUAAUUCUAUUAGGGAAAAUGAGGGUGGAGUUUUUCUGACAGCAUGUGGUGCAAAUAAUGAUGAUUUGGAGUCAAUUUUGAGGCUAAAGGCUUUGGAAAAUCUAAGGAAGUAUCGAGGUGGCCUCCAAAAGUUUGCAAAGCCUCCUGCUGAUGAGAAAAAUAGGAGGGAUGGUGAUCUGAAACAGUUAUCUACUGCCAAGGUUGAAUUUGUGGAGAACAGGGUGCCGAAGGAGGAUGGUUCUGGAGUUCUAAGUGUAGAUGCAGUACUUGAUCAGAACCCUAAACCUACCAUAGGGAUAGCUUUCUCUUCUCCUGCCGCAAGUUAUGAACCAAAGGUUCAACAGGGAGAAGUCAUUGCUACUGGAUCUGGAAGGUCUAGGUUGUCUGUUGUUUGCACGCCUAAUCAGAUGUUAAUCUCUAGUGGUUCCAACCUUUCUCCGGUAUAUGCCAACAUUAAUAAAUCUGAAAUGGGUAAAUCAGCUUUGGGGCAAGAAUCUCUUGGCAAUAAUUCUGUCGUGAAGGAAACACAUGAGGCCAAUAUUAAGGCUACUGAGAGUAAUGUUAAUAAGAGUUUGGACAAAAAAGCUAAAAUAGUGGUUCAGACUAGUAAUGGCGAUGGUGUAGGAGUUAAUAAUGUCAAUGAAUCUGAUACGGCAGAGCCUUCUUCACUCAAACCCACAAGGGAGCAACAUAGCUCAAAGAAACAGCCAGAUGAAGACAAGGAUAGGUCACAGUUUGAGCAGAAGACAAUGUCUGUGAUGCGGGGUGGUGAAAUGGUACAGGUGAGAAUUUUCAUCUCACAAACAUAGAUUAUUCGCUACCAUGUGAGCUACAAGGUUUAUAUACCAAAGAAAGCUCCUGCUUUGGGGAGAAGACAACUUCGCCGUUGAUUUUUGGUUUAUGCUGCUGGUGCUAAGAGGAUCCAUAUGGUAAGUGUCGGCAUCGCAGGUUUAUAUGUAUGGCAUUAGGAAGGAAAUCAUAACCUCAUAAAACUAGAGGAUUGGAGAGUUUGGGACGAGUUUUUGCCCUUUAAGACAAGACCUAAAGCUUAAAAAAGGUAAGAUCUUGAUGAAGUAUGUGAAUGGAUCAAAGAGUGCAGAUCCUUUAUUCGUUGGCACAUGUUUUUUUUUGUUAUGCUCAUUGUAGAAAUAUGUGAUCAGACUUUUUCUUGCUUCUUUUUUUUUUUUUUUUUUUUUGGUUUUUGGAUACAUAGACAAUGUGUUUUAUGGGACGUUAGGGGAGCUCUUUCACAUGGACUAUUUAUUUCUUGUUUGGUGGUUGUCUUAUUGUCUGAUAAUUCACAAGUUACCCAAUGUAGUUAUUUGCAGGCUUCAUUUGUUUGCACUUAUAUCAGAAAUUGUGGCUUUGGCUUUUGUUUUGAA